UCUCUUGCCCCCCCCCCCCUUAACUCUCCCCUUCCUGCUUGCCUUGCUGAAUUAUCUGUUUUUUGAUAACAGUUACUAAGAUGAUAUUAAAAAGUAACUGUAACAAUGAUUACCUAUCUUUUUAUUUAUUUUUUGAAAUUAUUUGUUGCAUUCUGCAGCUCCCUGGUGAUUGCUACUGCAAAGAAAAUGUUCAAGGUUCAAAAUGUAAUGUAUGCAAGCAAGGAUUCUACAACUUGAAUGGAGAAAAUGAUGAAGGCUGCACAGCCUGCAACUGCUUCACACCAGGCACAGUUGUUGGAAGUACCCUCUGUACACCUGAUGUCAACGGACAGUGUGACUGCAAGUCUUUUGUGGAAGGCAGAGCUUGUGACAAGUGCAAAGAUGGCUACUAUGGAUUAGAACAAGAUAAUGUCAAUGGUUGUGUCCCUUGUGACUGUAAUGUGGGUGGAGCUGUGGACCAGGUGUGCGACAAGCUGACCGGUCAGUGUCGAUGUCGUAGCGACAACAUCCUGGGUCGGGCCUGUGACACAAGUGUACUUUCUCCCCAUCACCAGCCCUGUGACUGCAAUGCCUUUGGGUCCCUGAGCCUGCAGUGUAACGCCACAACUGGAGUCUGUUCAUGUAGAGAUGGAGCUGAGGGUGUGAAGUGUGAAUUGUGCCAAGAUGCAUUUUAUGGACUCAACAGUGUUGGUUGUAUACCUUGUGGCUGCAGUGUAGCGGGAGCUGUGACGCCAGUGUGUAACAAAACCGAUGGAGUGUGUGAGUGUAAAGCUAAUGCUCAAGGAGCUAAGUGUGACUCUUGUCUUGCUGGUACAUUUGAUCUUGCGGAGAAUAACGUCAACGGCUGCCUCGAGUGUAUCUGUAUGGGUAUCACCACUGAAUGUACUUCUGCUGGGAUACUGCUCAGUCCGGAAUCCUAUCCCCUGGUUAGACUGAGUGAUGAUGUAAACCAGACCCCAACCCCAUCUCUCACAAUCACAUUACAAGAUGGUAGCCCUUUCAACAUGGACAUUCAGCAAGAACAAACCCCAAACCAGACUAUUUCUUUGGACAUUGAUGUAAAUGCUGGUCAGCCCAGCCUAUACUGGAAAGUACCCACUGAGCUGUUGACUAAUUUAGUUGAUGUGUACCAGUCUUUUAUGGAGUUUGGCAUAACAUAUGUCAUUGUGGAUGGUCAGCCUUUCUCUGGUCUCAAGGCAUUUUUAAGAACAUCUUAUGGGACUGUCUUAAGCCAUUCCAUCUCUACCUUUAAUCAAGAGGAAGAAACAUCUGUGGUCAUUACAUUUGAAGAGAGAUCGUGGCUGGUAGAUGGAACAGGAGCCUCUGUAUCUCGAAAAGAAUUCCUGAAAGCUUUGGCAGCCCCAGAGUCCUUGCUUGUUCCGGCUUCAUUUGCCUCAGGGAAACACACAGCUCGAAUCUCCAGGCUUGUGUACAACACCGUGAGUGAGACAGGCAACCUUAGUCCUGGAGUUGAGCAAUGUGUUUGUGGAGCUGAGUAUGCUGGGAACUCGUGCCAGAUGUGUGCCCCAGGUUACAGGAGAGAAAAUGUGAGCACAUCGGAGUACUUUGGCGUAUGUGUACCUUGUGAAUGCAAUGGACAUUCGAAUGAGUGCAACCCUGACACUGGAGUCUGUCUCAACUGCCUGGACAAUACAACUGGUGAUGCCUGUGAACAAUGUGCUCUUGGUUUCUAUGGCGACGCAACCCAAGGAACCAGCACUGACUGCUCCCCCUGCCCCUGCUAUGAGCCACGAGUGGAGAACCCCUCUUGUCGCACAGAAAAUCAGACAGAUGGCAGCACUGCUAUUGUAUGUGACUUCUGUAGAGAUGGAUACAUUGGGCCACUUUGCAACGAGUGUGAUGCAUCGUAUUUUGGCAACCCAGAAGUUAUCGGUGGAACAUGUUCUCAGUGUGAAUGUAACGGAAACGCAGAUGUUUGUGAUAAAGUGACAGGCGUUUGCCAGGCCUGCUCUAACAAUACAGAGGGAGAUCGGUGUGAACGCUGCAUUGUGGACUUCUAUGGAAAUGCGUCGUUACAGACUUGCCAGGCCUGUGAAUGUCUUCCUUCCACGUCCACCUCAACCACCUGUGCUGAUGUUGACGGUCAGUGUCCCUGUGUGGCUGGAGUUGGGGGCAGAACUUGUGACCAGUGCCUCCUUGGCUACUGGGGAUACAAUGUGACCGAUUUCCUGGGAUGCCAGUUGUGCGGGUGUGUUGAGGCAGGCAGCCUGGAUGUUCAGUGCGAUGCUUCAACAGGCCAGUGUAAUUGUAAGCCCAACACCGGAGGUUUGCAGUGUGACCAGUGUGUGGACGACUUCUAUGGACUGCCUUUGGCACCUUGCGAAGCCUGUGCUUGUGAUGCUGUGGGCACUGUUCCCGGUACCUUCUGCAACAAGACCGAUGGUCAGUGUGAGUGCCAGCCAGGGAUAGGUGGCCGAAUGUGUGACAAGUGUCUGCUGUUUUAUGUGGACUUUGCUGCUACUGGUUGUACAGAAUGCGGCCAGUGCCCAAAAGCAAUAGGGAACAACAUCGACCGACUGGCGGCCUCAGCAGAGAGCACUCAGGCCACAGCUCUGGCAGUCCUGGGCAUCCAAGAGGAAGACGAGAGGCUGCAUUUGCUCACUUCUCAGCUGGAGUCCAGUCUCAACAGUCUGGGUCUGGCCGGGAGUGGCGUCACAUCCGUCAAUGACCUUGUCCAGAACAUCACCACCGUCCAGCAGUCUGUCUCUACCAGUGUUGCACAGACAGAAACUAAGGUUGAUUCACUGUUGGUGUCAGUUGGGAGUCUAAAAGUUCGAAGUGAGGCACAGGCCACCAGACAUGUCGCAAUGGAGCAGGACUCGGUGAACCUUGCUGGAAACCUGACUGAUUUUGAGCAGCAGAUGACCUUCUUCCUCCAGUAUAUGGGUGUUUACAACAUGUCCGCUUCUCAGUACCUGAACCAGGCCGCAGGCUCCAGUGCCAUCACUUUGUCUUUGGACGAAGAGUUGAGAAGCACAAGCCAGCUUCUUGCUGAUGUGCGGGACAACAGUGAAUGGGAACAAGUAAAUGGUCAGAUUGAGAGCCAGGCAAAUGCAGUCACGUCUCUGAGAGGUGAAGUGAGUUCAGUAACUACUGAGUCUGAGAAUGAGGCGGCAAGAUUGGCAGAUGCUAUGUCAAAUCUCAAUGUGGCAACAUUCACUGGAUCUGUCAUUGAUGAUGCUCUCACGGAAGGACUGCUGUACAAGUCUCAAGCUGAAGACCUCAUCAGUGCUGUGAAUGAAAUUCUUCUGAGUGCCGAGAACAGAAAUUCUGAAGCUUUCUCUGAUCUGACCAGCGCGCAAUCGUCUGCCAGGAACACAGAAACUAUUUACACUGGGGUAGCAAUGACUGUAAUGACUGGAGAAGAUUUCCUGCCCUUCCCUAAUGGCAUCACUAACUACGGUACUGGAAAAGACAAACUUGAUGAGCUACUCACCGCCCUUCCUAUUCUGAUAGACAGAGUGGAGAUCGCCAUCAACAAGUCAGAAGCUCAUAGUGCUGGGCUGGAAGAGGAUUUAGCAGCCCUGAAGAGAGCACACCAAAGCAUAUCGCCUCAUGGGACUGAAGCUGUUCAAGCUAUUGACAAUUUCAAAAUGGUGGUGACUGAUCUGGAUGGUUCUAUUGCCAUGGCGACAGAAGCUAAUCAGCUGAUUGAAGACGUGAAGAAGGACAUUUCAGGUCCAGAAAUGGACAGGCUGCAAACGGAGUACACUGCUGAGAGGAGCAACAGUGAUGCCCUUCUUAGCGAAAUUAUGGCUCUUGACUACCAGCCUCAAGUGUUAGGGAACCUUCUGGAUGCAGCCAACAAACGUCUGGAUGGUGAAGAAACUUCCUGGGAAACAGUGGACUCUCUGCUUAGUUCUGUCACCACUGCAGGACAGACUUUGAACGCUCAGUAUAAAGACACUGCCCUGCUGUCUCGGAUGACGUCAGCUGAGGGCUUGUUGACAGCUGCCCUGUCUGCCGCAGAGUCUGUGAUAGAAACGUCCGACGCCCAGAAUGACACGCUUAAUCAGAAAACUGCUGAGCUGGACUUGAUGGAGAGCCAGAUAACCAGGGUGGAGGAGCUGCAAACCUCAGUGCAGCAAAAAUUGAGUGCACACCAAGUCAAACAUGACGAGCUUCAAAGCAACCUAGUCCGAGCAGGAGGUUUGAGAGAGAGCACCUCGACAACAAGACAAGCAAUAUCUAACAAGAUUCAGCUUCUGGAGGACAAACUGGCGAACGCAGAGAGUCUGUUGAGCCAGUUGAGACAACCUUUGCGCCUCGAUGAGAGCUCCGGUGUGCAAGUGGCUAAUCCAAUCGCCAGUACCGCUCAUGCAUACGAUAACAUUGUUUUGGAUGUGAGAAAGCCGGCAAAUGUUACAGAUGCCGUGAUUUUUUUCACAGAAGACAGUGCCACUAAUGUGGAGCUGGAAGUGGGCCUGGCUGGGAAUAACUUCUUUUUUGAGUUCAAUGCAGGACAAGAGCUUGUGCGAGUUGACAACCCUGCUGCAGUGUGUGCUGACUGCUGGCUGCGUAUCUAUGCCUCUCGGUAUGCAACAACUGGCCAUUUGACCAUUCAACAAUUGUCCUCUGGUGGGAUUGUAUCCAAAAGUUCUGUGGGGCGUGAUGCGUCCAAUGCAAAGACGAUGGUUCUCACAUCCAACCUGUUUGUUGGAACUAUACCAGAUUCACUGCAAACAAUCAAGGUUGAGAACCGAAACUUCUCUGGUUGUGUCAGUGCCUUCAGCUACCAAGGUCAACAGUUUAGUCUAUGGACCACUGCCUUAGCCGCCGGUCAGUCGGUCACGUGCUGUCAGGCCCCCCCAACUCUCCCGACAUUUCCUACAAUUCCUGGAGCUUCCUUCAGUGGGUUCAGUUACCUCGUGCUUCAACCUCCAGGCUCGCUGAGCUUUAAUGAACUGAGCAGUGUGAGCUUUGAGUAUCGUUCAUACCAAACUGAGACUUCCCUCCUGCUGGUGCGCUCUGAGGAUGGGAAAAGUAGUUACUCGAUUAGUAUAACUGGAGGGCGCAUUGAAUGGAAAGUGCAGAUGGAUGGCAUUAUAUACACCGUGCCCAGUCAGAACACUUAUGCUACUGCUGUGUGGAUCCGAGUUCUGACUGAAAUCGAUCCAACAUCUUUGAAGAUGACAGUGACUUAUGUGGACGGAGACCAAAGUUACCGAGAUUUUACCUCUACAGAAAAAAGUUUUGUUGACCUUUCUGCUCUUGAUGGCCGAAACUUGAUACUUGGUUCAAGUGAGGACCCUUCAGUUGAGGGAUACCAAGCAUCAAGCUCAAAUUUUGCGGGAUGUUUGAGAGAUCUGGUGAUGACUACCAGCACAGGCUCUAUCCCAAUAAGCUUCAAUGAGGCUGUGGAGUUGAGUGGUGUCACUACUGAUGGAUGCUUUGAAAAUGUUGUGCCAGGUAUCAGGUUUGAGAGUGCCUCGUCCUACGCCAUUUUAGCAGCUGCUGAUGAUGAUAUCGCAGCUCUGAGGUCAGUGGAGAUACAGUUUAUCACCAAGGAGAUGCAAGGGAUUUUGCUGUACAUUUCCACUGUUGACAAUGUCCGUUUUCUGUAUGUUGGUAUCUUUGGAGGGAACAUCAUGCUCGUGCAUAGACAAGAAACUGUGGCAUCAGUUGUCAGUGAAAAUUUGUUUGUGAGUGACGGACAAUUCCACACUCUAUCUGUGGACUUUUCAACCCUCCGUGUAACGAUGAGGAUAGAUGGAAUUGUAUUUGAGGAACCCGCCCAGACCCUGAAUUCCAACUUCCUGACUUUCCCGCUGACAGCAACGCUAUACGUGGGAGGAGUCACAGGGGGUGUCACUCUUCUGCCAGAGCUCCCGGCUCGAAAGUCUUUGAUUGGAGGAAGUAAUGCCUUGUACCUCAAUGGCAGGAGGUACUUUCAAGACAGUAUUGUCAGUUACAAGGACAUAUCACUAGCUGGCAUCCCAGCUCCGCCAGGUUCGACCCCUGCCCCUCCGGUGGUGACCGAGACCCCUCCCGUCGUCUGUGUCGCUCCUGCAGUCCCGCAGCUGAUGCCACUGGACGAGGCUAUCCUCAUUGAUGGAUCCAAGGAUAUUGUGUGGGACCGACUUGUCACUGGGGAUCUGCUCCAGAGCUAUUUUGCUGAAAGCUUCCGUCUGAACGUAGAGUUCAUCACAUUCAAAGCAGACGGUGUGCUUCUGUAUGUUGCCAAUGCCUUGAGCAGCCCUACCCAGUACAUCAUCUUGUAUUUGUCCAAUGGAUACAUCCAUCUACGGCUCAAGUCCUCUCUAGGAGAGGAGCGCCAAGCACAGCUCUUGGAUCGAUACAACGAUGCACAAUACCAUGAGCUGAGUGUCAUUAAGAUCAAUGACUACGUUGCUCUUGAGUCGGGCAAAGACUACGUGAACAACAAAGAGAAUCCUGACACCCUGUCACAAAUCAACAUCCCCCCUAGUAAUGGAGUCAAUGUGGCUGGUAUGUCAGGCUACAACACUGCCCUCUCUGCCUUGCCAGAUGAUCUCAAAACACAGGUGGACAAAACGUACUUUGCUGGAGCAAUAAAGUCUUUGGUCCUUCGACUGGAUCCAAAACAACAGAGAUUGAAUUUCAGUGACCUGGACCGCAAAGUUUUCCAUCAAGCACCCCUGAAUGUGUACUAUGGAGUAUCACUGUCUGGUGUCAAUUCCUACCUGGGAUUAGGUUUGGUCAAUGUGGAUAACUUUAUCAAGGUUGGACUGAGGCUGACAACGUCAUCUGCCUCUGGUCUUCUUAUAAUGCUCUAUAAACCAGCUUCUGGACAGUUUAUUGUCCUUGAUGUAUUGGAUCAGCAGGUGCGGCUACACCUGUAUCCAUCAUAUAAUGGUGUCACUGAGCCUCUGACUUUACCACUCGUGUCAUCCCUCGGUAUCUGUGACAACCAGCCGCACUACCUUAUCUUGGAGUUGCACACCAGAGAAGCAACUCUCACAGUUGAUGGUGUGAUACGUGGAAGGGCUAACAUACCAUUGAGCCAUGCUAUUGUUCCAGUAGAUUCUUACCAAUUCUUUAUUGGUGGCAGCUCAAGCCAAUCUGCUGCUAUCCCAGCUGAUGCAGUCAAGUCCAGUUUACAGGGAUGCAUCUUAUCUGUGGAUGUCACAUCGGGUGGUGGCCUAAAAGUCUACGACCCUACACAGUACACUUCUUUCAGCAAUGGCAUUUCUUUUGGCUGCCCGUACUGAUGAUAAAGGCAACCACAAAUGCAUUUGUCAAUGUUUUAGUGUGCUGUCUCUAUUUGAAGACUACAGGGAAAAAAACAUUUCAUUGUGACUUUGAGAAAUCGUAGUUUAAAAUUUUGGAAUCAAAAUCCACCAAAGGAUCUAAAAUUUUCUUCCUUCUGUUUUAAACGGAUCAUGCCUUUUUUCCCCCUUAAAAUAAUGUGUUGUGUUAAAGUGUAGUACUGUAUUGUCUUGAAGUCCCUUCUGAGUAUAUGUAAAAAAUAAUAAAAAAUGAGACUGCUAUUUUUUUCCUCUGUUGUCUUCACAUGUAAAUGUAUUGCGUCUUCCUUUAAUCAGAAUUGAAGUGACAAUAAAAGCAAUGAUUUUGGGUUUUUUUUCUUUCACAAUAGCUGCUGAAUUGCUGUAGAAUUAUUUUUUGUUAUUAUGUCUUUAAUGCAGUGAAAUUGCUUUAGGUUACUGGAAAGUAAUUUUUUUUGUUUUCAUUAGUUAACAUUAUUUUUGUUGAAACAAAUAGAUUUGGCACUUUUACAAUUAAUCAUAAAUAAAAGAGAUUGAAAUAAAUCAGCGCAGUAUCAGAUCACUACUAAUGAUACCCAUAUGUACUGUCCCAUGAGAAGAACUUGUGGAGUUUUUUUAAUUUUGAAGACCCAUUAAAGAUAAAGGAAAUAUUUCUGCUUUCUCAAA